CUAAAUACAUGCUAAAUUAGUACGGAGUAAUUAGAGGUGGAAUCAUCUUGUUAUGGGGCCCAAAGUUUUGAGAAAGGAGAGAAUGCAUAGUGGUCUGUGGCAAUCCCCCACCUCUAUCCUUGGGUCUCUUCACGUGAUUCCUGACUCCAUAGUCUAGUCUCAUACAGAGUAUAGUACUGUACUAAACAACUCAUGCCAUUCUUGGAAGCUUUUGCCUCCUUUUCCUCGUCUCCUUCUCCCCCAAAUGUUAAACCCUAUUCCCUUGUGACUUGCCCUGCGGAAACCCCCCAAAAAACUGUAAAUUUAUAGCGCACUUGUUGAUUCUUGUGCUCCUUGUUUUCUAUUUCGACCGGAAAUGGAAGGGUUGUUCAUGGCAGUGCUUCUUCCACUCCUUUUUGGCAUUCUUUCUUCUUCUUCUUCCUCUGCUCGUUCCCAUUCCCCUGCAUCCAGCUCGCUGAUUCCUCCCGACGCUUCGGCAUUGUUGGACUUCAAACUCAAAGCGGACUUGCACGGGAAGAAGCUUCAAGGCUUUUCUUCCAACGCCACCGUUUCUUUCUGCAAAUGGAACGGCGUCCGGUGCAGCGGCGACCGGGUGGUCCGUUUGGUGUGCAAAGGAAUGGGUUUGGACGGCUCUUUCGCUCCGGCAACUCUAACUCGUCUCAACCAGCUCAGAGCUUUGAGCCUUCAAGAAAAUUUCCUCACCGGACCUAUUCCGGACCUUUCCGGUCUGGUUAACCUCAAGCUCCUCUUCUUGGACCAUAACCUGUUCAGCGGCCUGAUACCGCCUUCGAUUUCCGCUCUCCACCGCCUGAAAGCCAUCGAUCUAUCCUACAACAACCUCACCGGAACCAUACCCGCCUCCCUGGACGGCAUUGGGCGGUUGUACUAUCUCCGCCUCGAUUCUAACCGCCUCACCGGCCCCGUUCCUCCGCUCAACCAGACUACCCUCCGUAUCUUCAAUGUCUCGCAUAAUGCUCUCUCCGGUCCUAUUCCGGUGACGGCGGCACUGUCGCGCUUCAGAAUGAGAGCAUUUGCCUCCAACCGGGCACUGUGCGGUGAGAUAUUACACCGUGAAUGCCACCCCAUACUGCCCUUUUUCCGGCCAUCUCCGACCGCAGUUACCCCACCUCCGCAACCGGCGAAGCCGUUAAAUCAAAACACAAAACUGCACGACGGCGGACCAUACAGCCCCGUGGGAAACAAACCCAAAUCGAAAAGACCCGUUCUCAUAAUCGGGUUAUCCUUAGGCUUCUUUAUUCUAAUUUGUUCCGUUAUAUGCUUCGCUAUGGCUGCAAGAAAAUCAAGCAAGCCUAUAGAAUCUGCUCCGAAACUUGCACUGGAUCCAGGGGUGGUGACGAGAAUGGAAGAAGAAAGCAGCGAGCUGGAAGAUAAGGUGAGGAGGGUGCAAGAAGGAAUGCAGGUAAUGGGGAAAAGUGGAAACUUGGUAUUCUCUGUGGGUGAGUCACAAAUGUAUACGCUGGAGCAGCUGCUGAGAGCCUCGGCCGAGCUUCUCGGCAGGGGAACGAUGGGGACUACCUACAAGGCGGUGCUCGACAACCGUCUGAUUGUUUGUGUGAAAAGACUGGAUUCGGGGAGGAUGUCCGGGACGUGUAGGGAGGAGUUUGAACGGCACAUGGGAUCAGUGGCCGGGUUGAGGCAUCCGAAUCUGGUUCCUCUCCGGGCUUAUUUUCAGGCUCAGGAUGAGCGGCUUGUAGUCUAUGAUUACCACCCCAAUGGCAGCCUCUUUUCUCUCAUCCAUGGGUCAAAGUCAUCUAGAGCAAAGCCACUACAUUGGACUUCAUGCUUGAAAAUAGCAGAGGAUGUAGCUCAAGGACUCUCCUACAUCCAUCAAGCCUGGAGGCUAGUUCAUGGCAACCUUAAGUCCUCUAACGUCCUCUUAGGACCUGAUUUCGAGGCCUGCAUUUCCGAUUACUGCCUCUCCGUUCUGUACAACCCGUUUUCGGACGAAGACCACCCGAAUUCGUCUUCAUUGGCCCACAAGGCCCCAGAGACGAGAAAACCAAACCGGCACCACCAACCUACUUCCAAGUCCGACGUGUACUCAUACGGGGUCGUGCUACUAGAGCUGCUGACUGGGAAGCUCCCGUCUGAACACCCGGUUUCGUUGGAGGGUGAUGUGUUGAUGGAUUGGGUGAGGUCAUGUAGGGAUGAUGGGGAGGAAGAAGAGAAUGGGAGGAAUAAGUUGGAGAUGAUUGCUGAGGUGGCGAUGGUGUGCAGGGUGGCAUCACCUGAGCAGAGGCCCACCUUGUGGCAAGUGUUGAAGAUGAUCCAGGAGAUCAAAGAUGCAGCAGCCUAUUAUGUAUGAGGAUGGGCUAUUCUUUAAGCGUCUACCAUUAUUUUUGGCACAAGUAGAUUGUAAACUGUAUAUAUUCAUAUUUUGACUGGAGUGAGGCCCCCACUUUUUGAUACCGGCAAGCCUUUGAUCAAUUGAUUUCCCUUCCCGAAGUUUAUAAUUUCUCUUUUCUAAA